CGGAAAUCGAUAUGCCAGAGAAGGAAAAGUCCAGCGAUUUUGGUUCCCACAUACUUUUAGAAGUUAGCGAACGUUCUUUGGACUCCGUCGGUCCACACCCACUUUUUGACCAGCAAAAACUGUAGCUCCUGCCGUUUCAUUCGCAAAACACUAGAGGAGACGCCCCAUAAACAAAAGCAAAAACAUUUCCUCGACAGAGUUCAAGAAUAGCACCAGCAUCCACAGAAGUGCAGAGUCUGGUGUGGGAGGAAACCCAUCACCAGUUUCGAAGGUUAUAAUCCCAGUACCAAAGUCUCCCACUUAUUGAUUUUGCUACUGGUAAGAAUCAUUACAUUCCUAAAGACAAAAUCGUUGGCCUACUUUACUUGACUUAUGCAGUUAUUGCCGGAAUCUCCGAUUUGAUGUCUUUAUUUCCCUCUUCUUAUGCUCUCUAUUAGUGGGGAAGACUCGCAUUCCUUGAAAGUGGAAACUGCUGCUCCAGUCAAGAUUAAUCAAUUCUUGUAAUAAUAUCGAUCUUAUUAUUCUAUUAUUUUCAUGUCAGUGAAGAUGGUAAUAGCAUUUUCGAAAUAACAUGGGUAGAAGAGAGUUCAUGGUGAAAUCUGGAUUUUUGUGUUUCUUCUUGUUCAAUUUGUUCUCAUUUGCAUAUUGUUCUGUAAUUUAUAACAUAACUACAACCAGAGCUGUCUCACCAGAACAAACUCUAAACUCUCCUAGUCAAAUUUUUGAGUUGGGUUUCUUUACUCCUAACAAUAGUUCUCGUAAUCAAUACGUGGGAAUAUGGUUUACGGAAGUUUCUCCUCAGACUGUGAUUUGGGUUGCAAACAGAGAGAAUCCCAUUACAUCUUCCUCAGCGAGUCUCACAAUUGCCAGUGAUGGGAAUCUGAAGCUUCUGGAUGGGCAGAGGAACACUAUCUGGUGGACGAAUAUUUCUAGCCAAUCGAAUAGUUCAAUUGCUGUACUCUCAGAUGACGGAAACUUCAUUUUGAGGAACAGUGUAACAGGAGAUGAUUUAUGGGAGAGCUCUCAUCAUCCGACUGAUUCUCUCUUGCCAGGCACAUGGUUAGCCUACAAUGAAACAACUGGGAUGAGAAUUACUGCAACUUCCUGGAAAAGUAACAAUGAUCCAUCUAUUGGGGACUUUACUGCUGGUGUACCACCGUUGACACCGCCACAAGCCUGCGUUUGGAAGGGAUCGAAACCUCACUGGAGAAGUGGGCCGUGGGGCAAAACCAAGUUCAUCGGAAUACCAGAAAUGGAUGCCGAUUAUAAAAGUGGACUCACACUUAUAGAAGGUCUUCAGCCUGGAAUUGCUUAUCUCACUGUUAGUGUAUUCAAGAACUGCAGUUACUCAAUGUUUGUGGUUUCACCAGCAGGAGUUGUAAGGCUCUUGUGUUGGCUGAAAGAGAGGGGCUGGUUUGCAAGGUGGGAGGCACCAGUCACUCCCUGUGAAGUCUAUGGAGCCUGCGGACCGUUCGGGGUUUGCCAGAGAUAUGCACCAAAUCUAACCUGUAGAUGCUUGAAAGGGUUUGUGCCAAAGUCGGACGACGAAUGGAGGAAAGGAAACUGGACCGGAGGAUGUAUCAGGCGAACUGAAUUAAGUUGUGGGGGAAAUACAAGUUCUGUUAAUGCACAAGGAGGAAAACCAGAUGGAUUCUUGAAGGUUGGUGGGUUAAAACUUCCUGAUUGGCAUGUAUACUUGAAGGUUUUCGACAAAAAGGAGUGCCAUCAGCGUUGCUUGAGUAACUGUUCUUGCUCAGGUUAUUCAUAUGAAGAUGGAAUAGGCUGUUUGGUUUGGACAACAAACCUUUUGGAUAUGCAUGAGUUACCCUUUGGUGGACAAGAUCUUAAUCUUCGCCUUGCGCUUACAGAAUUGGGUGAAAGUGAUCAGAAGACUCAUAUAAAGAUCAUUGUCAGUGUUAUUACUGUUUCAUCUGUCAUCCUCAUUGGUUCCAUGAUUUGUUGUUUCAUGAGGUGGAGAGCGAAGAAAAGGUCUAAGCCUAAAACAAAUGCUCCAAGUGACACGUCUAGAGAAAAUGAAGAUUCAAUAGAGUUGCCUUUAUUUGAUUUCAAUAACAUAAUGCUUGCAACUAACAACUUUGAUAUAGAGAACAAACUUGGGCAAGGAGGCUAUGGUCCGGUUUACAGGGGAACAUUAGAUGGGAAGGAUGUGGCAGUUAAAAGACUUUCUAGUAGCUCUAGUCAAGGCAUAGGAGAGUUCAAGACUGAGAUGAAGUUGAUCUCCAAACUCCAACACAGAAAUCUUGUCAGGCUCUUAGGUUGCUGCAUUGAAAGAGAAGAGAAGAUAUUAGUUUACGAAUACAUGCCGAACAAAAGUUUAGAUACUUAUCUAUUUGAUACAACAAGAAAGGCUGAGCUUGAUUGGACUAAACGUUUCAACAUUAUAAUGGGAGUUGCUCGAGGACUUCUUUAUCUUCAUCGUGAUUCUUGUUUAAGGGUUAUACAUAGAGAUUUAAAAGUGAGUAAUAUUCUUUUGGAUGAGAAGAUGAAUCCAAAAAUAUCAGAUUUUGGUUUAGCAAGAAUUUUUGAAGGCACACAGGAUUUGGGAAGCACUCACAAGGUUGUAGGAACAAUAGGUUAUAUGGCUCCGGAAUAUUUGCUUGGUGGCAUAUUUUCAGAGAAAUCUGAUGUGUUCGGCUUUGGAAUAUUGAUCUUGGAAAUUGUCAGUGGUAGGAAGGCUAGCAGCUUCCAAUAUGAUGAACAAAACAUGAGUCUUCUAUCUUAUGCAUGGCAAUCAUGGUCUGAAAGCAAGGGUGUAAGAAUGAUAGAUGAAGCAUUGAUGGACUCAUUUUCCUCUACAGAAGUAAGCAGAUGUGUAAAUAUUGGACUUUUAUGUGCACAAGAUCAUGCUGCUGAUAGGCCAUCAAUGGCAGCCGUAGUUUCUAUGCUAAGCGGUGAAAAAACAAAGCUUCCUGAACCAAACCAGCCUACUUUUACGUUUAAAAGCAUCUCCACCAGCAAUUUUCAAUCACAAAGCAACUCUACAUGGUCUGUAAAUAAGGUCACCGAAUCAAUCAUUGAACCACGAUAAACGCCAACUUGUCGGUUA